AUGGCAAGCGAAGCCCAAUUCGAUGCCGCAUUAGACCUCCUCCGUCGCCUCUCCCCGCUCAAGGUGUCGGAUAACCUCACCUCCAUAACGACGCUCGUGCCCGACCUGACCGAAGACCUCCUCUCCUCCGUCGAUCAGCCGCUGACGUCGGCACGGUGUAAAAAGACAGGCCGGGAUUACUUGUUGUGCGACUACAACCGGGACGGCGACUCGUACCGGAGUCCAUGGAGCAAUGAAUUCGAACCGCCCCUAGACGACGCGACUUACCCGAGCGACCGGGUCCGCAAGAUGGAGGUCGAGGCGAACACGGCGUUUGACGUGUACAGGCAGAUGUACUACGAAGGUGGCACGGGGUCGGUGUACCUCUGGGACCUGGACGACGGAUUCGCAGGGGUCGUCCUGUUGAAGAAACCCGUGGCAAAGGAGGCUGGGUGGGAUAGCAUCCACGUGUUUGAGGUCGAUGAGCGCAGAGGCAGUGGGAGGACGAGUCACUACAAGCUGACCAGCACGGUCAUCCUGCACCUGGGUCGGGAAAGCGAGGGAUUGGGGUUGUUGAACCUGGCAGGGAGCAUGACCAGACAAGUCGAGGCUGACCUGGUGGUGGAGAACGUCGGCGGCCAGGGCAAAGACGGCGGCCACGUGUGUAACGCCGGCAGAUUGAUCGAGGACAUGGAAGGCAAGAUGAGAAACAUGCUCCAGGAGGUGUACUUUGGCAAAGCCAAGGACGUCGUCGGCGAUCUGCGAAGCGUGGCUCCUUUGACCGGCGUCAAUCGCGAAAGACAGGCCCAGAGGGAUGUCAUUUCCAGCAUGGGCGGGAAGUGA